UAAUUUCACUUGGGGACUGUAGACCAACUGUUGUUACAACACAUCAAGAUGAUCAGAAUCAACCUUGUUUGGAUGUUAGUCAGUCAAAUCUUCUUGAUUCACUCUGAAGAAGUUCCUCUGCAAAUUCCACUGACCACAGCUCAGCUCGGAGAGUCUGUAUCUCUUCCAUGUUUUUUGUCAGAGACAAUUGAUUAUUUCCAAUGGCUGUACUGGUACAAGCAAACUGCUGGUCAAAUGCCCCAAGUUGUGGCAACUGUGGAAAAGAAAAAAUCUGCACAUUUUGUUCUUAAUGGAGAGUUUAACAACAUACGUUUCACAAUGGAGAAAGUAAAAGUUGGAUAUCUUCUCAUCAUCAACAAUAUCAGCAGAUCAGAUGAGGCAGCAUACUUCUGUGGAAUAGGAACAGUGUAUGAAAUUAAGUUUAGAAAUGGAACAUUUUUGUCUGUAAAAGGUGUCAGUCAGAAGAGGUCACACUACCAGACUGUAGAACAACAGCCAGUGUCUGACCCAGUCCAUCCAGGAGACUCUGUGACUCUACAGUGUACAGUACUCUCUGAGACCUGUGCAGGACUACACAGUGUGUACUGGUUCAGAGCUGGAUCAGGAGAAUCCCAUCCAGGAGUAAUUUACACCCCUGGGAACAGGAGUGAUGAGUGUAAGAAGAGCCCAGAGACUCCCUCUCCUACACAAAGCUGUGUCUACAGCCUCUCCAAGAACAACCUCAGUCUCUCUGAUGCUGGGACUUACUACUGUGCUGUGGUCACAUGCGGGGAGAUCCUGUUUGGCGACGGAACCAAACUUAACACCAUUAAAGGAAGCACAGUGGAUCCCAUUGUCCUCAGCUUGGGAGCAGCAGUGGCUGUGUGUGUGAUUGUCAUUUUUAUUCUUUCUUGUACCAAAAACAAGAGACAAACAUGUGAUCAUUGUAAAGCAAGUGUCUCUCAGCAUAUUCACCAUGAUGAUAACCUCUCAUCAGAGCAGUCAAGUGGUCAGGUGCCAAACACAGAUUUGUUAAAUUAUGCUGCAUUGCAUUUCUCUGAGAAGAAAACUAAAAGAGGAAGAAAGAAGAGAGAGACACCACAGGAGAGUGUGUACUCUGAUGUCAGGUACUCAGACUGGGAUUGAACUGUUUCAGAUACAGCAUAGACUAAAUUAUCUAAGUCAAGCGUCUCCAUUUAAACAAAAUGUAAGCGUUUUGGUUAAGAAAAUCUCAGGACAUUGCUCUUGUAUGACAUUUUACAAAUGUAAGAUCCAAUUUCCCAAUACAAUACCAUACACAAUGGAAUUACAACCAUUUUUUCUGCUCAAAUAGUGUUCCACUUACUCUGAGCUAGCUGAUGUCAACUGGUAGCAGGAGGGACUUCAUCUUUAAAUAUCUAUGUAUAUGCUGGUAACAUUGAGCAAAAGGUUGAAUGGAACCUUAUCGUAUGGGGUUUAUAAGUGCUAAAUCAUUUUUGUUCCUUCAUUAUCACGCAUCAAAUUAUAACUAUAAAUGAAUGUCGUAGUAUUAUCAUUAGAAUUGUAUAUCACUGAAUAUUUCUAGAAUAGUGUCUUUUGUUUGUUAUUAAUUUGACAAGAGGUCAAAUUCUUACUGUCCGUCAUCAUCAAUUUGUUGAUUAAACCAUUUUAUUCAUGAUUCAA